AUGUCCCACCUCACAUACUUCGCCUACCCAGGCAUCGGCGAGCGGAUUCGAAAGGAGCAACACAUGAGCCAAGCAGUCCGCAUCGGAGACGUGAUAGAAAUCGCAGGCCAAGGAGGCUGGCAUCCUCUGGACAGCACCUGGCCAGAAACCCCCUCUGCCCACAUCGAUCAAGCUUUCUCCAACGUAGACUUUUGUCUCAAAGACGCUGGAGGUAAAGGCUGGAGCCAAGUUUACAAAGUGCGAUGCUACUACCUCGAUCCCGCGUGUUUUGCAGACGUGGUUCGAAAUUUGAAAAUGCACUGUCCGGAUCAUGAGCCUGUUUUUACGGCGAUACAGGUUGCGGGAUUGGCUUUUCCGGAGAUGCAGAUUGAGUUGGAAGCUUAUGCUCAUGUCACAGAGAAAUGA